CUCUGACUCUGGAGAGGUGGGAUAAAAGGAUGUUCCACUUUGUCUCCCUCUUUUUUGUCCCAGAGAGUUAGGGAAAUUGAAAAGGGACAGUCCAGACCUCACACUGGUAGGGGAGAUCCCUUGGAUAGGUUUCCUGCUCCCCCCUGUAAACUCCUUUGUGCCCUGUUUCCCCAACCCCAGUUCAUGAGUUGGCAGAUCCCCUCUCCACAGAAGGCAGCAUGUAGAUGGAGAAACUGAGGCACAAACUAGGGGCUCAAACACCUCUUGCUCCUUGAUUCUCUGAAUCAGUUUCUCUUGAAGUUCACAAGAAUGUUCUCCUCUCAUCAGUCCCAUUCUUCUCAAUCCUCUGAGGAGGCUUCAGGGUGACUUUGGGAGGAGUGGCUUCCAGAGGAGGAGCAGCUGGGACUGAGUCAUGGCAGGAAGCUGAGGAGGGCGGGAGAUCACACCAGACAAUUAUAAAAGAAGAGCCGGUCCUGAAGCUCACAACAGUAACAGCCACCAGACAAGGUUCAGCGGCCGGCCCUUCACAUCCAGACUUGCCUGAGAGGACCCACCUCUGGGUGUCCAGUGGUCAGUUGCCCCAGGAUGGGGACCACAGCCAGAGCAGCCUUGGUCUUGACCUAUUUGGCCGUUGCUUCGGCUGCCUCUGAGGGAGGCUUCAAGGCUACAGGGCAGAGGCAGCUGAGGCCAGAGCACUUUCAAGAAGUUGGCUACGCAGCUCCCCCCUCCCCACCCCUAUCCCGAAGCCUCCCCAUGGAUCACCCUGACACCUCUCAGCAUGGCCCUCCCUUUGAGGGACAGAGUCAAGUGCAGCCCCCUCCCUCUCAGGAGGCUACCCCUCUCCAACAGGAAGAGCUGCUACCUGCCCAGCUCCCUGCUGAAAAGGAAGUGGGUCCCCCUCUCCCUCAGGAAGCUGUCCCCCUCCAAAGAGAGCUGCCCUCUCUCCAGCACCCCAGUGAACAGAAGGAAGGAAUGCCAGCUCCAUCUGGGGACCAGAGCCAUCCAGAACCUGAGUCCUGGAAUGCAGCCCAGCACUGCCAACAGGGCCGGUCCCAAGGGGGCUGGGGCCACCGGCUGGAUGGCUUCCCCCCUGGGCGGCCUUCUCCAGACAAUCUGAACCAAAUCUGCCUUCCUAACCGUCAGCAUGUGGUAUAUGGUCCCUGGAACCUACCACAGUCCAGCUACUCCCACCUCACUCGCCAGGGUGAGACCCUCAAUUUCCUGGAGAUUGGAUAUUCCCGCUGCUGCCACUGCCGCAGCCACACAAACCGCCUAGAGUGUGCCAAACUUGUGUGGGAGGAAGCAAUGAGCCGAUUCUGUGAGGCCGAGUUCUCGGUCAAGACCCGACCCCACUGGUGCUGCACGCGGCAGGGGGAGGUUCGGUUCUCCUGCUUCCAGGAGGAAGCUCCCCAGCCACACUACCAGCUCCGGGCCUGCCCCAGCCAUCAGCCUGAUAUUUCCUCGGGUCUUGAGCUGCCUUUCCCUCCUGGGGCGCCCACAUUGGACAAUAUCAAGAACAUCUGCCACCUGAGGCGCUUCCGCUCUGUGCCACGCAACCUGCCAGCUACUGACCCCCUACAAAGGGAGCUGCUGGCACUGAUCCAGCUGGAGAGGGAGUUCCAGCGCUGCUGCCGCCAGGGGAACAAUCACACCUGUACAUGGAAGGCCUGGGAGGAUACCCUUGACAAAUACUGUGACCGGGAGUAUGCCGUGAAGACCCACCACCACUCAUGUUGCCACCACCCCCCCAGCCCUACUCGGGAUGAGUGCUUUGCCCGUCGGGCUCCUUACCCCAACUAUGACCGGGACAUCUUGACCAUUGACAUCAGUCGAGUCACCCCCAACCUCAUGGGCCACCUCUGUGGAAACCAAAGAGUUCUCACCAAGCAUAAACAUAUUCCUGGGCUGAUCCACAACAUGACUGCCCACUGCUGUGACCUGCCAUUUCCGGAACAGGCCUGCUGUGCAGAGGAGGAGAAAUUAACCUUCAUCAAUGAUCUGUGUGGUCCCCGACGUAACUUCUGGCGAGACCCUGCCCUCUGCUGUUACCUGAGUCCUGGGGAUGAACAGGUCAACUGCUUCAACAUCAAUUAUCUGAGGAACGUGGCUCUAGUGGCUGGAGACACUGAGAACGCCAAGGGCCAGGGGGAGCAGGGCUCAACUGGAGGAAAAAAUAUCAGCUCCACCUCUGAGCCCAAGGAAGAAUGAGUCACCCCAGAGCCCUAGAGGGUCAGAUGGGGGGAACCCCACCCUGCCCCACCCCUUUGAACACUCAUUACAGUAAACACCUCUUGGAUUUGG